CGGCCAAUAGUGAAAAACAUUAUACUCCGUUAUGAUAACAAACCAAUGAAAAGGCUUGUUUUAUUUGGAUGGCGAGUUGGUUUUCGGUUCACAAAAGAAAAGGUUUGGAAGCUGUAAAAGAAAUAUGGGACGGGGUCAAAGGAAAUGAUUUUAUUUUUGGGGUUUUAAAUAUCACACAAUAAUUAGAGGGGUUGACGAAUAUGUCUCACAAGUGAUGCACAGUAGAGUUGGUCCCAAACUAAGCCCAAAAAUGUCGCUGGAAAUGCAAAGCGUUGGAGAAGAUCCAUAUAGCGUUGAUCCUUAUGCCGUGAAUCAAGACGAUGGUGUUGAGCCAACACGACUUCCUAGUCGAGCGAUUGGUACAAGACAUGGAUCCGUUAGAAGGAGAUCAGGCCGAAGAACUGUCCGCAGAGGAUCUAAUGCACUAACCACCAUGCAAGUCGUCGAAAUGGAUGACGGAGAAGACGAAGAAGACUUUCAGGAGGUGAAAGCCGUGGCCGCCCCUAUGCAGCAGAAAAGAGAAAUGAAGAAAAAUCAAACUGCAGGACAGAAAAUCAGAAGAAUAUCUUGCUGGAAAGCAACCAAGUUAAAGAUUGCUAUGGGCUGGCACCGUUUAACUGGGAGAAUAGGAGAUGCUCUAAGAGACCUUGAGUUGUGGAAAGGGAGCAUGAAAGAAAUUGAAGGUCGAUUUGGAAAUGGAGUCCUUUCUUACUUUGUUUUUCUCAAGUGGCUGAUGUUUGUAAACCUCUUCAUUUUCCUGUUGACGUUUGGGUUCACAUCAGUGCCUGCUCUUGUCAGUGAGCCAGUUGCAGCACCCAACAACACCAACAGCUGUACCUAUAGCACCGACACCUACACCGACAAGAGUCCACCAGACCUUGUCUUGGACUUCAUCACCGGAGUGGGCUGGAUCAAUACUACACUAUUGUUCUAUAGCAGUUACCCUUCCGAGACUGUUAAAUCGGUGCUAGGCCACACCUACAACCUGCCGCUGGCAUACCUGCUUGUUGGUGGAGCCUAUUUCUUUUUCAGUCUGCUUCUAAUGGUUAACAAUUUGACUAAGAGUUUCCAGGAAAGCUACAUAGAAGGUGGAGGGACGUUUUACUCCUAUUGCAACAAGGCGUUUGCGUCUUGGGAUUACUGCAUUGAUGAUGAAAACGCCGCUAGAGUCAAGAGUCAAAACAUUGUACAAGACAUUAAGGCUGGACUGGCUGAAGAAGCCCGCCUUGAGAAAGUUCGCAACAGAACCAGAGGUCAGAAGUGCAGACUGUACACUAUCCGUGCUGCAUGUACCUUGCUGGUCAUGGGGCUGCUGGGAGGGGCUGUGUAUGCGAUCUACCUUGCUGUUGAAGUCUCUACUGAUCCUAAAGUACAAGAAGGAAAGAGUGCCUUUAUGGUCAUUCUCAUCAGGUCGGCAUCCUCUCUCACCAUCACUGGACUGAAUUUGCUGCUGCCUCCCUUCUUUAUCCUGGUGUCAAAUUUUGAGGACUGGAGUCCAAGGUUCCAAGUUAACAUCAGCCUCUGGAGGACGGUCCUCCUACGUCUUGCAUCCAUUGCUGUACUGAUAAUAACACUAUAUGUUGAUGUGGAAAAAAAAUGUGAUGAUGGAGAGAAAAGCUGUUGCCAAAAUAGCUGGGAGAAUCAGAUUGCAUCACAGAUGUACAUGCUGAUUUGGAUUGAUUUCUUUGUUGUCAUAGCAACUACCCUAGGGAUGGAAACGAUUUUGCGGUUAUUGUUCAAGCAUACACGGCUAUUCCGUAAACUGAAUGUUAUGCCAGAAUUCCAGAUCCCCAAGAAUGUUCUGGACCUGGUCUAUGGCCAGUGCCUUCUCUGGAUUGGUACUUUCUUCAGCCCUGCUAUUCCUGCCAUGGGCGUUGUCAAGCUCUUCAUUGUCUUUUACGUGAAGAAGUUAAGCCUGAUGUACAACAACAAGCCAUCAGACCAGCCGUACCAGGGAGCUCGCUCCAACUACUUGUUCACAGUGCUUCUACUCAUCACGUUCUUCACGUGCCUCAUUGCAGUAGGGUGGGGAAUUACCAGGGUUCGACCGUCAUGUUAUGGGCCUUUUCGAAAUCAAUAUUGCCAGGACACUGAGAUAAUAGCGGAGCUAAGUGGAGUGAUCAAAACAUGGCCCACCGCCAUUCAAGAAAUCCUCAACUACAUCAGCACCGCUUCCUUUAUCUUUCCUGUUCUGUUAGUGUUCUUUUUGAUGAUCUACUACUUCCGGUCGAUGUUGAGAGUUCAUCUUCAGAUGAUUGAGAUGCUGAAGGAUCAACUUGUUUUGGAGGGACGUGACAAGCGCUACUUGAUGGAGAAACUCUUGAGUGAUCAGCAGAAGCGGAGGCAGGACGACGAUGGCGACCACCUGCAGUCAGAGCCAACACAGCAAACUAUAGUACACACUUCAGCAGGCAACAUGGACUUCUGAUGUGCAGAGUGAAGCGUGCAACAUGGACUUCUGAUGUGCAGAGUGAAGCGUGCAACAUGGACUUCUGAUGUGCAGAGUGAAGCGUGCAACACGAACCUACCUCCAGUGUGUUUCAUUCAUAUACUGCAUACACCAUGGACAUAUGCCUUGUUGCUUGCAACAUUCAAUAUGUUAUCUUAUGCCUGUACCAUAGGCAUGUCUAAUGUUGUAUGAAAUAUUUAUAUUUGAUCCUAUUAUAUGCUGCAUGUGAAUGUGACGUGUUGAGUGCAACAUCCAGUAUUUAAUCUUAUGUAUGCACCAUCGGCAUAUGUUGCGGGCAACAUUGUCACACAACAUGUAGUUCCUUACUUAGUUGUCAUUGUGCUAUUGUCUGGACGGUUUUAACUUAUAGCUACGAAUCUACUGUGCAACAAUUGUUCAAUUAUAUUUUGUUUUAAGGGACCAUCAGCUAACUCUAUGUAGAUAACUGCUAAAUACAUCGCUGGUACGCCCAUACUAGCUUUUAACUUAUCCCAAUUGAUGAGGUAUUACUAAUGAACUUAGCCAUUUGUGAUUUACUAAGCCAUUUCGUAUAUGCGUAUUUAUAGUUCUAAGGUAAAGUUUAGCUAUUUAUUUGUAGGCCUCAUCAUAAGACAGACUUUCAAAAAUUCACAAAUACAAUAAUAAGUUAUAUGCUACAUAAUAGCUUUACAAGCUAUUAAGCUUUAAUAGCUUAACAUAACUCUUAAUCUUUACAUAUGUUCCACUGAGGCUAAGUUCAAUAUUCAAUGCAAAUGCUUGCAAAUGAAGAUGAAAUAAUCGACUUGAUUCAUUUGCAUGCAUUUGCAUUAAAUAUUGAACUUAGCCUCAGUGGAACAUAUGUAAAGAUUUAGAGUUAUGUUAAGUUUCCAAUUUCAACAGCCUUAACGGAGCAGUAUCAUCAAUUUACUAUGUUUUUAUAACAGAGAUGUAUUUUUAUAGAGAAGAUCGGGAUAUACUCGUGCAUCGUACCGAUACUUAAAUAUGCCUUUGUAGCUUGUGGGUGUUUUAAAUAAAUAAGCGUCGGCAGUGUUGUCUGUCUUGAGAAUGUU